AUGGCCUAUCCAUCACCCUACACCGGAUCUACUCCCGGCGAGGAGGACUACUACUACCGGGAACGAUUCCAGUCGGCAACGCCAACCCCCUCCCCUCGCGGUCCAUCCAACUACUACUACCCGCCCGGCUCAACCCCCCAGCGGCCGGCAACUCGCGCCCACUUCCGCAAUGCCAGCAGUGGCUUCAGCGAGUACAGUCCCCGUCCGCCGACGGCGUCGCCUCGAUACACGAGCGAUGGCUACUAUGCCACGGCAAAUGUGAGUAGUGGUCAUCAUUCGCGCAAGCAUUCAUGGGCCACUCCGUCGCACCCAACGCGCGAGCGCCGAUCUUCUUUUGUCUAUGUACGGGCCUCGACGCCCCACGGAGAAUCCGACGAGGACGAGAUCAUCGAGAUGGAUGGCCGUACUUGGGUGCUGCCGGGACAGUCGUCACGGGCGAGGAGCAAGAGGCAUUCUGUUCAGGAGACAUUUUAUUAUGAAGACGCCGCUCGAGGAUAUCCCACUGAUUACCACUACCCCAAACAGAGCGGAUUUGCCUACAUUGAGCGCGAUGUCCCGGCGUAUGAGCCUCGCCCUACCCGCACCCCCGCGAACACCCAUUCUCGCCGUGCCUCGACCUCGGUUCCCCAGCGGCCCUCCACUACCCGCCCCGGCAGCAGCUCCCAGGCCAAGAAGGCUCAACACCCUCGUCCUGAGGCUGAUGCCAAGAAGCCCCCACCGCCUCCAGUGGCUCGACAGGCUACCGAGGCUGAUGCCAAGAAGCACAAGAUUCCCCCAGGAUACUCACUCAAGAACUGGGACCCUACCGAGGAGCCUAUACUUCUCCUGGGCAGCGUUUUUGACUCCAACUCCUUGGGCAAGUGGAUCUAUGACUGGACCGUUUACCACCAUGGACCUGCCACUCCUAUUGCUGAUAUGGCCGGUGAGCUGUGGUUGUUGCUGAUUCAACUGGCUGGCAAGCUCAAGCGCGGAGAGGAGACUGUUGACCGCGUACGCAGUGCCGAGAAGAGAGAAUGCCUCGAUGACUUCAUUGACGCGGGUGAGCGUCUUACUGACAAGCUCCGCAAGCUGCUCAAGACGUGCGAGGCGCCCAUGCUCAAGGCGAGCAAGAAAUCGUCUUCUCUCGGCAAGAAUGCCGGUGUCCAGUUUGUCGAGACCCUCUUCGGCGUCGAGCGUGAGUUGGACAAGACUGAGCGAUUCAUGCAGGGCGUUCGUCUUUUCAUUCUGAGAUUCGACGCCAACUGCGAUGACAUCCUCAGGAACCCCACGCUGUAA